AUGGCAGGGCCAGGGUUGUCAAGAACUCCCUCCAAGAGAGUUCUAGCAUCAGAGGCGGAAUCAACAACAGACAAUGUCAGGUUCAGAGUAGAGAGCUCGUAUGUCGAUGAUGACACUGCCAACAACCGAUCCACAGAAAUGGGAAUGUCAGGUUCCGAAGAACAGUCACGAGAGAACAGUCGAUCACAGGAGUACAGCAAGUCUCUCGAGUUUACCACCGCUUCUUCCGAGCACUUUGGUUUCAGUAGAAGCCACAAGCGGUCUAGUUCUUACUCUGGGGCAUCGAAAUGGCGCCAGGAGUCUCAAUGGGUGCAAAGGAGCAAAUAUUCUGUGCUAGCAUUUUUAGCUGUGACAUGCAUCGGUUCUGCCACGGGCAUGUAUUUCUUGACCAAGGCCUCGGAAACUGCUGGGUUUGCAGAAGAGGUUGAAGACCAUGCCAAUGAACUGGUUGCAAUUUCUCAUCAAGAGGCAACCAAUAUCUUUGAAGCCAUUUCAAACUUUGCAGUUAUGAUCACUUCCUAUGCCAUUGAUACCCAAACUGAAUUUCCAUUUGUCACCAUUCCACAUUUUGAACAUCGUGGUAAUAAUCUUCGUUCUAUUACUGGUGCCGGGUCUCUGACUUGGAAUGCUUUUGUGGAAUUACAAGAUGUUGAUGCCUGGGUAAACUACACUCGUCAACAAGAUGGAUGGAUUCAAGAUGGAUUAAAUUCUCAAGCCAAACGAGACGGGACAGAACCUCUAGUAGCAGACGAGAUUCCUUCCAACGUGUAUCGACUCGGGCGUGAUCCGGAAUCCGGUGCCAUAGGCACAUUCUCCGAUACUGACAGUGCCACAAAACUUGUUACUUGGCAAGUCUCACCAGUUCCACAGAAUCCCGACAUGGUCAACCUAAAUUUGUUUUCCACGCCGUUUGCUAAUGGAAUUGAGAAUAUAGAUGGUCUCAAUGUUCUCUCCAAAUUCAUGAGGGAUCCCCGUUACUUGGAGCUGGACGAAGAAACAAACCUAGCACGUCCGCAAUCCUUACUUGCCCAACCGGUCUACAAAGAUUUUCGAGAUGCUGACAACAGAGAUUCUUCCAUCAUUGUCGGGUAUCUUGUUGCCUUAUUGCCUUGGGAUAACUUUUUCAAAAAUAUUAUUCCAGAGACCCACCAUACAAUGGACUUGGUACUAUCCAAUGACUGCGGAGAAGUUGCUACCUUGCAAGUUCGGGGGCCCGAUGUCGUUGUGGUUUCCAACACGGAGGAUACCCACGAUCCCGAGUUCGAUUCCAUGGUGGUUCGUCACACCUUUGGGCAGAUACCUGCCAAAUGGGCAACCUUCGAUAACAAAGAUCGUCGAAGGCUCCAAGAUGAAGUCCAAUCCAUCAACUCGUACUGGUGCACCUACGACCUUGCGAUUUACCCAACAGAAGAUUUUCGAGCCCAGUCCGAGGAUGACGAAACCAUCUUUUAUCCCGUUGGAAUUGUGAUCAUUUUCGUCUUUACAACAGCCGUCUUUUUGCUUCAUGAUACCUUUAUUGCACGACGACAGGCUCGCAUCGAGGAAUCGGCAGCCAGAUCCAAUGCCAUUGUGCAGUCACUCUUCCCAGCGCAAGUCCGAGAACGUCUUCUAAUGGCCGGGAACGAGGACAAGGCUAGUCAACAGAUCACUAGGAACGAAGAAAAGACAGCAAACUCUAGUGACCAUGCGGAAUCUGCUUCGAAAAAUGAUGGUAUUGGUCUUGAAGAUGGUGACUUGGUUACAGACAGGCUGUUGCGAACCAAGCCAAUUGCCGAUUUGUUCCCCCAUGCGACUGUCAUGUUUGCCGACAUUUGCGGCUUCACUGCUUGGAGUAGUGUUCGCGAGCCUACCCAAGUAUUUACACUACUGGAACAAAUCUACAAUUCCUUUGACAUUUUGGCACGAAAGCGACGCGUAUUCAAGGUCGAAACGAUUGGGGAUUGCUACGUUGCAGCCGCUGGAUUGCCUGAUCCACGCCCCGACCACGCCGUGGCCAUGUGUCGUUUCGCGAAUGAAUGUCUAAUCAAGAUGCACUCGGUGGUCAAAAAGCUGGAAGUUCGAUUGGGGCCCGACACUGCUGAAUUGGGAAUGCGUUUUGGUCUUCACAGUGGGCCAGUGACCGCUGGUGUGUUGAGAGGAGAAAAGUCUCGUUUUCAACUAUUUGGAGAUACUGUAAAUACAGCAUCGAGAAUCGAGACUACUGGGGAAAGAAACCGAGUGCACCUGUCGGAAGACACUGCUCGAAUUUUGAUUCAAUCCGGCAAGGAAAGCUGGGUCGAACGGCGCGAUGGAGUAGUUGCCGCCAAGGGGAAGGGAGAUAUGGUAACCUACUGGCUGACUUUAGCGCAAAGCAAAUUGAAGAAGCGCAAGGCCAACAAGAAGGAGGCGACGAUCGCCGAGGAGGAGAAUGCCAAACCUACAUCAAACUCCACCUCGAUUGGAGAAAAACCAGCAAGCCUCGAGAUUCCAGAGAGAAGCAUCUCGUUGGAUCAGCAUAUCACUUACGAUGACCGCAAGCAACGUCUGAUCGACUGGAAUGUGGAUGUCUUGACAACUUUCUUGAAAAAGAUUCAGGCCAUGCGAGCUGAAGAAGAGACUGAUGCCUUAGCUGGCAAAAACUUUGAACAUGAUUCGUGGAGAAAUGCCCAUGCCGAUACAACCGUCUUGGACGAAGUGCGUGAAAUCAUUGCCUUGCCCCAAAAAGAGCAAGUCUACAAGAGAGAUCCACAAAGCUUGCAGAUUGGAGAAAAGGCUACGGCAGAGUUGAAGGAAUAUGUUGGUUUAAUCGCAUCCAUGUACCACGAGAAUUCAUUCCAUAACUUUGAACAUGCCAGUCACGUGACACAAUCCGUCACAAAGCUACUGACUCGAAUUGUGACUGCUGAUGACAUUGACUACAACGAUUAUCAAUACAAAAAGAAGGGAAAGGAAGCUGAUCUUCACCAGCACACAUACGGAAUCACGUCCGAUCCCAUUACGCAAUUCGCAUGUGCUUUCUCGGCUCUGAUUCAUGAUGUCGAUCAUUCGGGUGUGCCAAAUGCCCAAUUGAUCAAGGAAGAAUCCGACGUAGCACUCUUUUACAAGAACAAGUCCGUUGCGGAACAAAACUCUGUGGAUCUCGCCUGGAGUCUUUUGAUGGAACCCGAGUUUGAUGCUUUGAGAGCCUGUAUUUACAGGGACAAGGAUGAGCUCGAUCGAUUCCGUCAGUUGGUUGUCAACUCUGUGAUGGCGACGGAUAUUGCCGAUCGAGAAUUGGGUGCUGCCCGGAAAGCUCGAUGGGUCAAAGCCUUUGCCCAUUCGGAUGAAGAAACUGAGGAAACAAGUAGUGCGUUGCGUGAAGGUCGCAUCGAUGCUGUGAACCGAAAGGCCACCAUUGUGAUUGAGCACUUGAUUCAAGCCUCAGAUGUUAGUCAUACGAUGCAGCAUUGGCACGUAUACUCGAAAUGGAAUGAGAAGUUGUUCCACGAAAUGUACGGCGCCUAUAAGAGUGGACGUGCUGGCAAGGAUCCUACUGAGUUCUGGUACACUGGUGAACUUGGCUUCUUCGACUUUUACAUUAUACCAUUGGCUAAGAAACUGAAAGAAUGUGGUGUCUUUGGAGUCGCCAGUGACGAGUACUUGAAUUAUGCCGUGACAAAUCGUGAAGAAUGGGAACGAAAGGGAUUAGAUAUGAUAGAAAAGUACAAAGCAGCCCACGGAAAGACGGCGAUAUAG